AAAAAAACGCACUGCAUGCUGAUGUGCUGCAGAUUGACGGUCCUCGGAUUUACAGUCCCGGCUGGCUGCUAUACCAUACAUGGUACUGCCACCGCUUAUGUAUGCACACAUACGCUACUAGUACUACGUCCUCAUCGUCAUGGGCAUCAACGACCUGUGGGAGGCACAUUCCCACUGUUCACUCGGCAGGUGCUGAAACUCACCCCAUCAUUUGUCAGGUGCUCGAGCCUGCCGCAACGACGGUGCCCCUCAUCUCUCUCGCCAUCCGGGGCCGAUAUGAGGGACCUGCCCCUCACUCGCCUUAUAUUGUAGGCGUGGAUGCAAGUGCGUGGUUCGAACAAUGCCAGCAGGGCAGGUGGCACCGUGCACAUGCUCAGACAGGCCAG